AUAUAAGACAGCAGUAGCAGCAGAGAUCUGCAAUAGAUAAACACAGUCUCACACACACCAGCUGGAUUGCUCGCAGACACACACCACAACUACAGAGGGACAGACGCUGUAGAAUUAGAGAACUGUGGCUCCGACUUCUCUAAUAUUCUAUUUUAAUGGGCUUAUUGUCAUCUAUCAUUUCAGUGGAAAACAGCCACAGAGAAAGAAAGAGGCAGGUGUGCCCUUUAAGAGGGGGAGCAGCUGAGGCAAGGACGGCAUCAGAGUCUCCAUCCUCUGUGGAGUGAUUAACGCUGCUCUGAAAGGAAGCAGAGAUGGCUGUUGCUAGGAUACAUGGCAAGGAUUUGUGGUUCUGAAGAGUGCAAGAAAGAGAGGUGGUCAGCCAAAGCUCUCCGGUUUUCUGUUCUCGUUCCUUCCACCUGGACAUAGGCUGCAAUGGUUGGCAGUAUUCAAAGGCCCAAACCUGUCUGAGUGAGCCCUAUGAACAGCAGACCCAAUGGACAUCAAAGGCCAGUGCUGGACAGACGAGGAGUCGGACGGGGAGAACGAGUCCGAACAGUUCCUGUAUGGCAUUCAGGGGAGCUGUGCUGCUGACCUGUACCGCCACCCUCAACUGGAUGCAGAUAUUGAGGCAGUAAAAGACAUCUACACUGACAGUGCUGUCUCUGUUAGGGAGUAUGGAACCAUUGAUGACGUGGACAUCGAUCUUCAUAUUAACAUCGGUUUUUUAGAUGAGGAGGUUGCGACAGCUUGGAAAGUUAUCAGAACAGAGCCCAUUAUUCUGAGACUGCGCUUUUCUCUUUCUCAGUACCUCGAUGGACCUGAGCCGUCAGUAGAAGUGUUCCAGCCCUCCAAUAAAGAAGGCUUUAGCCUGGGCCUGCAGCUCAAAAAGAUCCUGAGCACGUUCACCUCACAGCAGUGGAAGCACCUCAGUAAUGAGUUCCUCAAGGCCCAGCAGGAGAAGAGGCACAGCUGGUUCAAAGCCGGAGGAACCAUCAAGAAGUUCCGAGCCGGACUCAGUAUCUUCUCCCCCAUACCCAAGUCUCCAAGUUUUCCUUUGAUCCAAGACACAGUUUUAAAAGGGAAGCUGAGCGUCCCUGAGCUGAGAGUGACCCGCCUGAUGAACCGCUCUAUCUCAUGUACCAUGAAGAACCCCAAAGGGGAGCUCUUCAGCUAUCCACCAAACAGCCAGACUGUGGCUGUCCCGGCGGCCAGGGCCCCUGCGCAGAUUACCACGAGGCAGCUGAUUGAAUUGUUUUUCUCAUCCCAGGCGGGCGGCCACUGCAAGAACAUCCCUACCUUGGAGUAUGGCUUCUUAGUGCAGAUAAUGAAGUACUCGGAGCAGAGGAUCCCCACACUCAACGAGUACUGUGUGGUGUGUGACGAACAGCACGUCUUUCAGAACGGAUCCAUGCUGAAGCCGGCUGUGUGCACCAGGGAGCUGUGUGUGUUCUCCUUCUACACUCUGGGUGUGAUGUCCGGAGCUGCAGAGGAAGUGGCCACUGGAGCAGAGGUAGUGGACCUACUUGUGGCUAUGUGUCGAGCUGCUCUCGAGUCUCCCCGUAAGAGCAUCAUCUUUGAGCCGUACCCAUCAGUUGUUGACCCCAACGACCCCAAGACUCUGGCCUUCAACCCAAAGAAGAAGAAUUAUGAGAGACUGCAGAAAGCAUUGGACAGCGUCAUGUCUAUUCGGGAAAUGACCCAGGGCUCAUAUCUAGAGAUCAAGAAACAGAUGGACAAACUUGACCCUUUGGCCCAUCCCCUGCUACAGUGGAUUAUUUCCAGUAACAGGUCUCAUAUCGUCAAGCUGCCUCUGAGUAGGCAACUGAAAUUCAUGCACACCUCCCACCAGUUCCUGCUGCUCAGCAGCCCCCCGGCAAAGGAGGCUCGUUUUCGCACUGCCAAGAAGCUAUAUGGCAGCACCUUCGCCUUCCAUGGUUCCCAUAUAGAGAACUGGCACUCUGUUCUGAGAAAUGGACUAGUCAAUGCCUCUUAUACCAAACUGCAGCUGCAUGGGGCAGCGUAUGGAAAGGGGAUCUAUCUGAGCCCCAUCUCCAGCAUAUCUUUUGGAUACUCAGGAAUGGGGAAAGGACAGCACCGCAUGCCCACCAAAGAUGAACUGGUGCAGCGUUACAACCGCAUGAAUACCAUACCACAGAGCCGUCCAAUACAAUCAAGGUUUCUUCAGAGUCGAAAUCUCAACUGCAUCGCUCUGUGUGAAGUUAUCACAUCUAAGGAUCUGCAGAAACAUGGUAACAUCUGGGUGUGUCCAGUAUCUGACCACGUCUGUACUCGCUUCUUUUUUGUGUACGAGGAUGGCCAAGUAGGAGAUGCCAACAUCAACACCCAGGAGCCUAAGGUGCAGAAGGAGAUCAUGCGUGUGAUUGGGACCCAGAUCUACUCCAGCUAAUGGCGGUUCUCCAUGCGUCUCUCUGGCGGAGGCACACAGGCAGGCAGACAGCGAAUGUUUGGGCGGGGCCGACCUCAGGCCCGAUACGGAAGGCUGAGGGAGCUCUUGAGCACAUUAAGUCGUUUUUGUUCUUGUCCUCUCAUUUUCCUCUCCCUUCUUUGUUCCUCUUCUCCGAGUGGUUACACAUUACAUGUUCAUUUAACCUUGAGUUAAAGUCAGUCUGCUUUUCUCAGUUAACAUACCGAUGAAGAAAAAAAAAAAAAAGGAAGUAGUCACUGGUUUGGCUCCACACACACACACACACACACACACACACACACACUUUCAAACCAUUGGUCGACUGGGCUUUCUCCUUUCUUGCUGCACUUUUACUGAUCCUCUGGACUAAUGAACUCUAUCAUUUCUCUUUGUGAAUAUCGAGUAAAAAAAAAAAGAAAAAAAAGAAUCAUUUCAAACGAUUAAUUAGAUCCCUUUGUGGCAAAUAAGUGAUGGAUUUACAUACACACAGAAGGUUGUUCUCUUAUUGUGUUUGCAAAGGCAUUUUUUCCCAUCCAUUUAUUUAAUAUUUUUUGACUAAUGACAUGAAUUAGGUCUGUGACAUGGUUAUCUGAGCGGCAAGCACUGCUCUGUCACUUUGUCCUUGUUCGCUCCCAGAAUCCAAUAAGCGAGGUGUGGCUUGAAACACACAUACACUAUAGGCACUUUGUUUUUGAUAACAUUAUCAAAUGUAAUAAAAACAGAAUUGUUUUUUAGUUUUUUUUUUCAUAACAGAAUUAAGAUGGUUCUCAUUGAUAAUGCACCUUCAAACCCUCACAGCCCCCAAAUGUAAAAAAAACAGGAAUUAAAAAAGAAAAUUAAUACUUUUAUCUUACUGGAUGAAAGUGACAAAAAAAUCAAACAAACAGUGGAUUUAGUCUGUGGACAUGUUAUAUCUGUUAUCUUAUGUUCAAUAAUCUACCACAAUAUUAUCAUCACUUUUUCUUUAAGUGGUGGAUAUCUCAUUUCAAAAUGAAUCUCUCUGUGUAUGAACUCUUCCCAUUGAAUUCACAACUUAUAAAAAUCCACUGUACAGAAAAUCAUGGACAAUUUUACCCAACUGACGCUUUCCAGUCCAGGUGAGCUCACAUCCUCCCAACCCCCUACCUGAUGGACACUGGAUGUUAUAGAUCGGCAUUAAUGUGCAACUCUGGUUUCACCUUGGAGAAUAGCAACCUUGUAUAGCUAAUCAAGUUUAUCAGUUAGUCAUGUACUGUAUGUAUGUAUGUACGUGUGGGUUUGUAUUUUCUUGACAUUAUACUAGACAUUGCACUUAUUCAACGUUUGCCUAAACUGGAGAAAUGGACUGUCCUUGGACCUGCAGUAGACGAGUUGUGGAGGAAAGGUGGUGAAAAAAGUAUUUAUGGAGUCAGCAAGACUAGAAUAUCCAACACCAUGUCUGUACUGAGAUGGGCUUUCAGUGUCUCCUGGAACUUAAGAUUCUGACUACUGAAUGGACUUUGAGGCACAAAAAGAGGGCAACUUGUAAAUAAGGACAUUGGAGACCUCGUUGAAAUGUAUUGCCCAAAAAAGGAGUGGACAUGUACAGCUUACUCAUUGUGUUGCGGGGACUGUGCUAAUAGCUGAUGCCUGUUUUUUGAGGUUUAAGCUACGAGUCUCUUUGAGAAUCUAUUCUCUGGCUGUGUGUCUGGUGAGUAAUGUUUUCAAAGAUGACGUUGACGACAGUGAUGGUGAUUAUGACAAUGGUGAUGAAAGGCGACGAUGCAGGAAAAAAAGAAUAAAGCCUCAUUUUGCACAGUUUUA